CAAGAAUACGAUGUUUACAUAAAUAGAACAGUGUUGACGAAGCGAUACAGGUCAUAACACGUUAAUUUGGGAUUCUCCUCCUUGCACUUUGGUGAUAUUUCCGACAGUACCCUGAAGGCAGCACGUCUUGGCCGCUCCCCAGCCAUCCCCUCUCCACUCAGACCGACCGGCAGCUGUGGCAGGGAGCCCCGGAUUCUGAGCCAAUACCACGGCCUGGCAUGAGCAGACAGACCGCCAUUGGAAGAUGAUGUGGAGCGUUGUGCUGCUGCUGGCUGCUGCCCUCCCUGUGGAGUCCUAUAAUGUCGUAGACCUCAAUGAGCGUUUGGCCCAUGGUCGCCAGCUGAAGAUCUACCUGCCCAAGGGUGUGGAGACGCUGGACUUUAUCCCCGCGUUUGAGCCUGGAAAGACCUUCCGCUACUUGGAGAAGGGUAGAGUAAGUACGUCCAAAGGCAGAGUGUCUGGGACCGGCACCGACCGACGCUGGUACAUCGACAAGGUGACCUAUGAGGACCAGGGGACAUACAUCCAGAAAGACUAUUGGAACAAAGAGAUUUCCACUGUCAGAGUGGCCGUCACAACCAGACACAACUAUGUGAAGUGUAUAGCGGGAGAGAGUCUGGACAUCUCGCUGGAGGGCAUCGACCUGGCCGACGCUGUGCUCUCCUUCUCUGGGGAGGCUGCCAACGUCACGCUGGUGCGCGAUGGUGCUCCGGUGUCCCAGGACCUUCCGGAUUAUUGGGACCGGGUUAAGACCCACUCCAUGAACAUCGAGAUCAGGAAUGUUAACACCAGCGAUGUGGGCCGUUACACCCUAAGAGACCGCAGGAACCGGGUGGUGUCUAUUACCAGGAUGGACCUGACAGACCACCAUGAGCACACCGGGGGAAACCCUCUAAUGGCCCUGCUCUUACUGCUGGGCAUCCCCGCUGGGAUCUGCUGCUGCUGUCGGAAGAAGAUUUUCACGAAGAAAUCGGGCACCUCUGGAACACUUCAGGCCACACUAAACACAGUCCAGCCUCCCCCCAGCGGUCCUGUUGGACCGUGUCCUCCCUACAGCGGCCCUGGGACCCCAGGAGUGGUGUACUACCAUGGCACUGAGCCCAGCAUGGGUCCUGCAGUGCACCCCCCACCUCAGCCUACUGGCCCAGGAGAGUGGAGCGGGCCCCCUCCCUCCCCAGGUUUUAACCCGGCCUACCCACCCCAGUACCCGGCCUACCCUCCUGCUGGUGGAGCUAUGAUCCCCCCUAACCAGCCUCCACAAUGGAGCGGUCCACCACCAGGCCAGUACCCCACCGGACCUGUAGCGCCGAUGGGUUAUGCUCCAGUCAUGCAUAGCUCUCCUCCAGCAGCAGCCGUUGAACCUGUUCACCAGUACGUCAAGAUGGAGAGUACAGUUCCCUCCCCUGCUGAACCCCUGCUGACUGCCACGCCACAGGCUGGAGCAGCAGCAUCCUGUCCGGAAGCUCCGAGGUCUGACAUCCUCAGCUCCUCCGAUGGUGCCUACCAGUUCAACAUCACCGGAGGCAAAAACUCCAGCAGCUUCCUGUAGGGAUGCCGCCGGGUGGAGCAGCGUCCUCCCUGUCCUGCUGCAGCAUCUGGACAGUAGAUUCUAUUCUUUAAUGUCGUAACGUGGUUCUAGGCUAAAUGAGCAAAAAUGUAUGGUAUAAAAUCUACUGGCUCCAACAGCUGAGGUUUGGCAAGAGGAGUCAACUAUUUGGGGGGGGGGGGAUCCAAUUCCCUGAGGUGAGGAGACAAUGAAAGGAGAGGUUUUAGCAUGUGGAGUAAAGUCAUAAGUACAUUGUGAACACAGGGCUGGGUUGUGUGUUCCUGCCCUGCUGGGUUUUCUGUGAUUAGCCAGGGAUCCCAACCAGUCCGCAGGGGAAAGAACCUGACAGUAACAGCUAAGACACACACAAACUGAAAAAGGCUUCACUGACAAAUGAGUUUCCUUGAGGUGUACUUGUGUACAAUGAAUUAGCCUGUGCACUAUCCACAGCCAGGGACCUGAGCAGGGGCCUGUAGCUAGCCACUGACUGGGUGUCUGUGUGUCCCUGUCCAGUUACUGUCCAGCUACACACACCACAGGGCCUGGCCAAUGUGCGCCGGACUACACUGACAUACUGUUGGUCAGUUUCAAGGAGGAACUAUGUUUGGUUACACUUUACUUGACGGUAUCUACAUAAGAGUGAACUUCUCUUGGGUCCUUGUAAAUUAUAGAGUGUGGUCUAGACCUACUCUAUCUGUUAAUUAUAGAGUGGUCUAGACCUUCUCUAUAUCUAAAUUAUAGAGUGGUCUAGACUU